GAUUUUCAGUGUGCACACACCUAAGUCCACCGGCAAAAUGCAGCUAGCAGAAAGAAGAAGCAGAAACUUCACAAGAAGAAACGGAGUUACGAGCUAAAGAAAUUAUGUCCAGCGACGACAGCAGUAGUGACAAUAGCUCCUCCAGCGACGAAAGGCACCGGAAACGAAAGCACAAGAAGCACAGCAAGGAUAUGGACAAAUCCAAAAAGAAGAAGUCCAAGAAACACAAGAAGGAGAAGCGUCGCCACAAGGAGAAAAAGCGCAGCAGGAAUGAGGAGGAGCAGCCAGUGUCGUAUACGAAACCGCCUGCUUUGGUGAAUGUAACAGCACCUGAAAGGGCUCCAAAUAACGAAGAUGCGUUCGGCCCUGCCCUGCCACCGCAUUUGAGGAAACUUAGUCAAGCGGAAGAGCAACUGGAACCACAGCCACAGGCCAUGAUAGGACCCAUCCUGCCAAAAAAUUUGGCCCCGGAAAAGAAUCCAAUUGCUGAUGGUGAAGCUGAUGAUGAUGAUGAUGAUCUAGCUGGCACCUUUGGCCCGCUCCCAAAUGCAAGCCAAGUGGCACUGGAGGAACGAGCGUUGGCCCUCAAACUGGCUGCUCUGGAGGGAGGACUAUUGGGUACAUCAACAGACCAGGAGGUCCGCGAAGAGUGGAUGCUUGAGCUGCCGGAUGUGGGAUUAAAAAGCGGUCUUGCUGCCCUGAGCAAUAUGAAGCGCACUUUUCAUCAGGGGAAAGAGCGACCCGACUUCAGCGAUCGAUCCUCCUGGACGAAAACUCCGCAGAGUGAAGCUGCUGCUGCUGCAUCGGGUCCAAAGUCGCUCAGCUCCAAAGAACUAGAGCAGAUAGCCCAGGUUAAGUUCGAACAGCAGCGUGAUGACGAACAGGAGAGCAUGGCCAAAAAGCACAAAAAGAAGCACAAGCGUGAGGAGUCCCUUGUCGAGUUGCAUCAGAAAAAACUAAGAAAGGAACAAAGGGAAAAGGAAAAGGAACUGGCUGCCUCUGGCUCGAAGCCAGAACGAAGACCCUUUAGCAGGGAUGUGGACUUAAAACUCAACAAAAUCGACAAGAACCAAACCAAGCAGAUUGUGGACAAAGCGAAGAUACUGAACACCAAGUUCUCCAGAGGUCAGGCCAAGUAUCUGUAAAGCCUCAUUCUAAUUUUAGUGUAUGAGAGAUAUAAAAGAUUUUAAUUUAAAAAUGUAGUAUAGAAAGAGCAGUUAAAGAUUUUUAACAAACACAAGUAAAGCA